ACACAAAAUUAAAGAAAGGCCUGAGGCGUCGUCAUCAUCAUGAUUAGCACUCCAACAGUGCUAGUCGUGCCAUUUCCAGCUCAAGGCCAUGUAAACCCCAUGAUGAGCCUUUCACAUAAGCUGCUUGACCAUGGAUGCAAUAUCAUCUUUGUCAACUCAGACUUCAACCAUAAGAGAGUCGUCAGAUCCAUGGACAACAACAAUGGAUCAUCUUCACCAAUCAAAUUGGUGUCAAUCCCAGAUGGGUUGGGACCUGACCAUGACAGAGUCCAUGUAGGUGAGUUAUGUGACUCCAUAUUGAGGACCAUGCCUUCAGAGCUUGAGAAGCUCAUAGAAGAUCUUCAAUUGAAUGAGGGCAUUAAUGUAACUUGCAUUGUUGCUGAUGUGUGUAUGGGUUGGGCAUUGGAAAUUGCACGAAAAGUGGGAAUCAAAGGUGCAUUCUUUUGGUCUGCGGCAGCAUCUACGUUUGUGUUGCAGUAUAACGCUCCCAAGCUUAUUGCUGACGGCAUCUUAGACUCUGAUGGAUUUCAGAUCUCAAAAAAACAAUUAUGGUUAUCCUCUUGCAUUCCUGGUAUGGACAUCAGAUCUAGUUGGUGGCGAAAUCUCUUUGAUCCGUCAGCUGAAAAGAGAAUGUUUAAAUAUGUGGUGCGCUGCAUGCGUGAUUUAAAUUUGACAGAGUGGUAUCUCUGUAACAGCAUUCAAGAACUUGAGCCCGAAGCAUUUUCCUUAGUACCAAAGCUAUUAUCUCCAAUAGGCCCAUUAUCGACAAGGGCAACUACAAAAUUAUCUGGACAAUUCUGGAAAGAAGAUGUAUCUUGCAUGAGUUGGCUAGAUCAACAACCUCAUUGUUCUGUCGUUUAUGUUGCCUUUGGUAGUCACACACUAUUUGACCAAACACAAUUCACAGAACUUGCACUUGGACUUGAACUCACCAAUAGACCCUUUCUUUGGGUUGUGCGUCAAGAUCCUAAUUGCGCCAAUAAAAUGUGUCUCCCUCUUGAAUUCAAGGGUUAUAGAGGUAAAAUAACUGGAUGGGCUCCUCAAAAGAAGGUGCUAAGUCACCCAGCUAUAGCUUGUUUUGUAAGUCAUUGCGGUUGGAAUUCGAUUAUAGAGGGUUUGUCUAAUGGAGUGCCUCUCCUGUGUUGGCCGUAUUUCGCAGACCAACUUUUCAACAAGAAUUAUGUUUGUGAUGCAUUGAAGGUUGGGAUGGCAUUUGAUUCGGAUGAAAAGGGAUUAGUGUCACGUAAAGAGAUAAAGGCAAAAGUGGAUCAGUUGCUUAGUAAUGAGAAUACAAGAUCAAGGUCUCAUAAGCUGAUGGAGAAGCUAAAGCACAAUAUGGAAGAAGGAAGUACUUCUUCAAAGAACUUAAGCAGGUUUCUUACUUGGUUGAAAGGAUAAUUAAUUAAGCAUCGGCCUCUAUUAUGCUCAAUUAAGGAUUGCUGGCUAGUUGUUUCUUUAUGAAUAUGUAAUAAUAAGGAAAACAAUACUGCUACGUUACCAACAGCAUUUUUGCCAAUUUCUACCAACUCUUGUUUAUAACUGUGUUUAAUGGAAGUGUCUUUGUAGAUGUAUCUAAUA